AUGUCUACGCACUCUUCCGGACGUACGGUUACGGCCGCCACCACCCAAUCACCGCCAACCACAAACUCGCUCUCGACCGCCCACCAUUUGACAAUCACACGACCUGAUCUUUCUUUUGCUGUCAAUCGCCUGUGUCAGUUUAUGCAUACCCCUACUAUUGAUCAUUGGGGGCUGCUCAAGCGCGUCUUACGAUAUAUCCGUGAGAUGCAAGACCAUGGUCUCCGACUUUCGGCUUCAUCUUCGUCUGACAUACACGCCUUCUCCAAUUCCGAUUGGGCGGGCUGUCCUAUUGACCGCAAGUCUACGAGUGGGUAUGCAGUUUUUAUUGGGUCCAACUUAAUUUCCUGGGUUUCUCGCAAACAGCGAACUGUUGCACGCUCUUCCACCGAGGCUGAAUAUAAGGGCCUAGCAGAUGUCUCGGUUGAGGUUACUUGGGUGGUUUCUUUACUUCGUGAACUGGGACUGCACUCCGGUCGUCCUGCUACUCUUUGGUGUGAUAAUUUUGGGGCCACGUACCUAUGUGCUAAUCAUGUGUUUCAUGCCCGGACCAAGCAUGUGGAAAUCGAUUUUCACUUUGUUCGUGAUAAGGUGGCCUCAGGGGAGUUCUUAGUCAACUUUGUGUCUACGAAGGAUCAGCUAGCCGAUCUUUUCACCAAACCGCUACCAGCGACCCGUUUCGGGAUUCUCCGAGACAAGCUCAACGUUGUUUCCCUCCAACCUUGUGCUUGA